AUGAGCGACGCCGUCUCCUUGGCCGAGUCGUCCGGCUCCGAGUCGGGCUGGAUGACCAUGACAAUUAGCCACCGAAAACACAACUACAGCUUUGACCUGCCCGACGACGCCACCGUCGCCGACCUCUUUGUCGAGAUCGAGGCCGCCCUCGAUAUCCCCGUCAGCAACCAAAAGAUACUGGUGCCCAAGGGGCCGCUUCUCAAAGCACCCUUCAAGGACGCCAACAUGUCCCUCCACUCCCUGCAGGGCAAGGCGUUGACUCUCAUGGGCUCGGGCGUCGCCGAGGUGCAAGCCGUCAAAGGCAUGGCCGAAAAGGUGGCGAGGAGAAAUGCCGCCCGGAUAGCCCAGAGGGCCAAGACGAGGACGACGAGCCGCAAGAGCCAAGCCAGGUCCGCCGACGACGCAAAAUACACCUUUCUCCAGGUGCAACCGCUGCAGGGGCUGCCGCACCCGGAGCGCAGCCAGGCGCUGCUUAUGCGGCUCAAGGAGGACCCGGGCAUUAGAGCCGCCAUGAGGAAGCAUAAGUUCACCGUCGCCCUCCUAACAGAGAUGGAGCCUCUGUCUCAUACGCAAUCGACGCACGAAGGCACCUCGCGCAUCCUCGGGCUGAAUCGCAACCAGGGCGAAGUCGUCGAGCUGCGCCUGCGGACCGACGCGCACGACGGCUAUCGUGACUACAAGACGAUCCGCAAGACGCUGUGCCACGAGCUUGCGCACAACGUUCACGGCCCGCACGACCGCCACUUCUGGGACCUCUGCCACCAGAUUGAGCGCGAGGUCGAUGGCGCAGACUGGAAGACGUCGGGCCGCACCAUUGGCGAGACGUCGCGCUACACCAUCUCGGGCCAGGACGACGAGACACACGAGGACGACGGCGGCUGGACCGGCGGAGAGUUUGUCCUCGGCGGCGGCAAGGACCAGAGCCCCGGCAUGAGCCGCAGGGAGGUUCUGGCGCAGGCGGCCCUGGAGCGACAGAGGAAGGAGGCCGGGGCCGAACGCAAGGCUUGCGACGCCGCAGAGAAGGGCUGGCGGCCGUGCCAGCGCUCACAACAGAGCGACGGGACAGAGUAA